AUGGAUGCUCACAAAGACUCCUAUCUCACAUGGACUUUCCAGGUGAAGAAAAUCAACAACCUCCCCAAAGAAGUGGCCACGCAAAUAGAAAUCUCAGGUUUUCUCGAGAGCCCGCUUCUGUCGGAAGUUGCAGAGCCUUCCUGCUACCCUGGGCCGUAUCUCUUUCCGUCCGCGGAAGUGACACUGCAGCGAAGCUCACACCUUAUCGACGCUUUGUGCAACAAAAAGCUGGUUUUCAAGAUCCUCUCUUCCUCGCCGGAGGUGAAGGGGCGACAAGUCAUCGGCACGGCGAACGUCGACGCCACUGCGUUGAUUCACGACCGCACAGAGCUCGCAGAAACAGUCGCCUUCUCUCUGGAAACCGACUGCCUUGCUUCCCUCGGUCUCAGUGAAGAAGUGGGGCAAACAGUCACUGGAGAAAUUGCCAUCGCCGCAUCCGGCCCUCUAGGACUCCCGGAAGAUCAUGGAGACUGGAACAUCUUCUCCGUUAAAGUUCAGGAGGUCACCAACCUUCCUCUUUCUCUCGCGACGUACUGCUUGAAUGCCUCGCAAGAUCCCGACAGUCAUCCCUUCACGUAUUCGCUUCAUGUUUUGGGCGCCAAGGUAGCAGGCGGCAGCUUGUUUCUUCCGGCCCCGGCUUCCGAGGACGAGAAGUCUGGGAGUGGAAAAGGUGGCGAAAAAUCUGCGCCGCCUAAGAACAAGAAACAGGAAAAGCCCUCCAAGACGGCUGACGCCUCGGAGAAGGCCGGAAAGAAGAUCGCGUUGCCGAAAGCGCCGCAAGAGGCGCGUCCCGACUCCGCUAGCGACGAGGGCUCCGACAGACCUGUUGAGGCUGCCGCUGAAGACGGACCGGGCGAAACAAAGAGUCCAGCACUCACCUGGAACGAGCAGUCGGAAGUUCACUUUUACCGUGGCAGGCAAUUUCUCUCUCACCUCCUCUACACAGUUGACACUGUUGGCGGCCUGUGGGUGUAUCUCCUCCCUCGACCAAAGCGAGAGCAAACCGACGAACGAGGAAAAGGAAGUGCGAAACACGGAAAGGCGCCGCCUGCUCGAGGCAAAACCGCCAACAAAGUGGACGCUGCACAGUCGCACGUCGACACAUGUCGGCGGUUUACGGGGCGAGCGUGGAUUCCCCUGGACGAGAUUCGGAAAGGCGCGCAGGCGAUAGAAGGCAGUUUCCCAGUCGUCUCCUUCAACGUUUCGAAACUAGACGGCAAACCCUCCGCCCUGGCAUCUGCUCUCAACACAGAAAGGAGCACGAAAAAAUCAGAGCCGGGAACGCCCGCGCCUGCCGAGACUAGAGAAACGUUCGAGGAAAAUCGGACGACACUCAGGAUCAAAAUUCAACUCAGAUUUCCUUUGCAGGCUCUCGAGCCGCGGAAUCUGCCGAGUCUGUUUGUGUCCUCGAAGGAAGAAUAUGACGGUUCGCCCGGUCGCUUUCCUUCUGAGUCCGGGAAACCUGCAAACGCGAGCGCGGUGGAGAGAAGCAAUGACGGGAAAAAUCUCGGGUGUCUCGGGUGUUUGUGUGCGUGGGAUGCGCCGUCGCAAACGGCGCUCCACGACUUCAAAGCCUGCGUGGAAGAGGGAAUAAAGUGGAUUGCGCAGGAACUCAGCGAGAAUGUCUCUCUCGAAAACCAACGCCUUCUCGCCACAGCGGCAGCUCGGGGGAAGAAAGUGACGAGGGAAAAGAAGAGCGGCGAGCCUCUGGAAGGCGAGACACCGCACCGAGACAAAGAACGGGCAGAGACAACGAGACAGGUGCGUGACAAAAUAGAGACAGAAGACGGAGAAGGAAGAAGAGAAGACGACGGGGAAGGAGACGGAGAAGAGGGAACAGAGCAAGUCCGGAGAGAUGUGUUGCAGCGCUUGCAUGAGACUGGCUGCUACGAUGAACUGUUUCGAAAGAUCAGGAGGUCUGUCACUUUGGUGAUAAGAGAUAAACUGAGGAAAGACAUUGGACUCGCCACAGCAGCGACGACGGCUACCACGGGAUGCGAUCCCCAGACGCUCACGGAGGACUUGCUUCAACAGAAACUCGACAAGUUCCUGUCGGAAACUUUCGUCUUCCUCGUCGACACAAUGCAACAAAUGGUCAACCAAAAAACCGCAGAAAGUCAAAGCCUUCGCGAAAUGGCCAUUCUUCAUCCCGCCAAUGCUGUGAGACUCCUUUCUGACGAAGAACGGCGGGCGAACGGCAGAGAUGGCGAACAAUCCGGCGAGGCUGCGGAGGCCUUGGAGCGCUUGGCUUUCGAGUCGGAGGUAGUCGGCAACGUGGAGAGGAGCAUUGAACUUCACAAGCGCCGGAUUGUGGCAGAAAAUCACUCAAACAGGGAAUCUGCGGCUCUGUGGUUUUCUCUCGCGCGUCUCUUUCUGCGACACGGAGAGCACCGGGUUGAGGAGGCAGAACAGGCUCUCAGGGAAAGCAUCCAAAUUCAAGGCGGUCCAGAAAAGGCGUCCACAGACACUUUGUUGAUGCUGGGAAGUUGCCUCCUUCAUCGUCGACUGUACAAGGACGCAGAGACUGCUUUUGCAUGUGCCGCGCAGCGUUGUGGAGAGGAAGGGAAUACGAACGGGGCUUCCGUCUCUCUUUCCGACCAUGCGGGAAGCCUGGUCCCGUCGCCUGCUCUUUCGCUGUCUCCGCCAGUCGCGGCUCCGCAAGGCGGGCGUCCGCCGUUCCAGCAGCACUCGUCUCAGUCGCGCGCUGAGGGAAACGCCACGAGCGAUGGGAAUCCAUGCUCUUCGCGUUCUGCGUCUCCUCCUCCCGAGGUACCCUCUCAAGUUCUGCCUUUCUUCUUCUUGAGUGUGUGUCACUACCUCGAAGGAAACACAGCAAACUUCGAGAAAUAUCUCGCUGUCACACUGAAGCCUGGCGUGUUUUUCGCGAGGCAAAGAGACCUCAACGAAAUGGAGCAAAAACAAGUCGAAAACGCGCUCGAAGAUCCCGAAGAAGACAAAGCCGCAAGCGAAAAAGGUGGCGAAGAAAAGCAAGCUUCCCAGAGCGGCGCCUUGUGGGCCGAAGGAAUCUUUGACGAGUUAGAGCAGGCGCUUCCGGUAUUCCCGAAAGACGCGUUUUAUGAGCCGGCAACAGUAGAUUAUCCGAUUUUGGCAUUCUUUUUGAUACUGCUCAAAUUCGGUUUGCCGAGUUUGUGUCUCACAUUCGUUGACCGAGCCGACGAAUUCGUCCAUAGUCGAACAACCAAGAGCGGCCUCUUCACUUUCAUUAAAGCAAAGGCGCUCUUCCUGAAAAAAGAUUUCGUUGGCGCCGCAAGGGGUCUGUGUGAUGUUCUUCAAAAGUCGCCUCGGCACCGGCAAGCUCUCCCUUUGCUCGCUGAGUCUUAUUAUCGCCUCAACUUAGUUCAACCGGCCAUCAACUUCUUCCUGCAAAGUAUCGAUUUCCUUGAAGAGCCUCGAGACUGCGUCAUCUAUCUUCGCCUCGGAGAGCUCAUGCUCAAGCAGAAGAACUACGAGAGUGCUCACCGCUUCUACCAGAAGUCUCUCGAGUACGCCGCCACCUCUGAGGGCUGGCUAGGCGUUGCUGUGUCUCUGUACCGCCUCGGAAAUCUGCCUGGAGCUCUUGAGGCUGCGAUGGUCUCGAACUGGCGAGACAAAGACAGGGGCGAGACUUGGGGCUACCUGGCCCUCUGUCUACUCUCUACGGACAGAGGCGGAGAAGCGGAUAUGUGCACGCGCUUUAUGGUCAAGAGCGGCUUCAAGAGACUCGUGCAGAGAGGGUUGGGAGCCUUAGGCGGGGCCGUCACCGAGAGAAAAGUGAGAAAAAUAGACCCCGACCAUCUGUUCGCUGAUCGCGUCGAAACAACUUUCAUCGACUGGGGCGGAGGCCUCUUGGUAGAAGUCGCCGAUGCUUAUCUUUCAAAGCUAGGUCCCUACGGAGCAGAUACAGCCACUGCGCUCGCCCGAAGGGCUCUAAACGAAUGCCGAGGUAACGCUGCGGCACACAAGGUGCUCUCUCAGGCGCUUGCAUGCCAAGGGCACUACGAAGCUGCCGUGGGCGAGCUUCUCACGGUGAUGCGCUGUGCGGUGGAAGACUUUAAACAGGCUUACAGACGGAAACUACAAGCCUUGUAUGACCUGUUUUAUGACGUGAAGGGGGAACACUACGAAGCGACCGUACACGCUGAAGAAGAGAAAGAGUUCGCUGAGCAGAAACACACCGUGCAGUUGAAGCUUACAGAGGCAUACGACCUAUGCCAGAAUCUCUUCGCGCAACUUCCUUCCUCAGAACACCCCCAGGAGGCUACGCGGAUCUACAAAGAGCAACUCGACGAGCUGUCUCGCUUGACGCUCUCGUCACUCGAGCCUGGCGCACUCACUGAACGGGAACUUCAGUCCGAUCUCUGA